CUCCAGAUCUCUUAGUACCUUCCCAGUCGCGCUACAGGCACAUAUAUGUUACGAAAAUUAAUAACAUAUAUAUAAAAAUAUACCUUCAGUCGCAAUAGUGUUAAUUCCUGAAGAUAACAUUCCAGUGGCGUGAUCAGUGUUUAUGUGACGGAGUAUUUUGAAUAUAAAUUACGGCAAGCGUAAAGUGCGUCGUGGUGUGCAGAGAGCAAUGCUGCAGCUCUCGAAUGGCAUAGGUCGCGCGGUAGCAGCGCAAGUCACCUAGAUGGAAGGCUAUAUGAGCAGAGCCCAUGCCCCGUACAUCAUGGCGGCAAAUUUUGCCAGGCAUUUUAUCAUUCUGGCUAGUUUUUGGAUAUGCGUUUACACUGACGAGCAUACAUCGGUGGGACAUCCACGUCCGGGUAACAUUACGGCGGAUGCCCCGGACACUCGCUCCGCCGUAGGCCGCGUACCGCCCUACCAGCCGCCGCCAGGCUCCGGAGCCAUACCCGUGCCAGGCUUUAGACCCCACAGCCCUUACACAAGAGUUGAUUCUUGGCACCCGAAUGGUCGGAUACACGUAAAUCCCAAGGGAUCUUAUGUGGUUGCCGAUGACGACGACGUAGAUGUGGACGACGGGAGCUGCCGUAUACCGUGCUCCGAGGGAUUCUUCUCAUGCCAGGCAUCAUGCAAAUGCAUCCCAAUGGAGAAACGCUGCGACGGCAAGGCGGAGUGCAUAAACUCCGAAGACGAAGCAGGCUGCACGCCCGCCUGCGACGAGCACGAGAACCGCACCAUCUGCCACAGCACCAGCGUCUGCAUCGCGCUCGACUGGAUCUGCGACGGCGACAACGACUGCGGAGACUUCUCCGACGAGACUCAUUGUGGUACAUCAGCGAACUGCACAUCGGAGCAGUUCCAAUGUGCCAACGGACUGUGCAUACACAAAGAUUGGACAUGCGACGGCGACAACGACUGUCGAGACAACUCUGACGAGACCCACUGUCCCAAGGGAAAGUGUCGUGAUAACCAAUUCACAUGUGGGUCUGGGGAGUGCCUGGCUCAUCACUGGCGAUGUGACAAGGAAGCCGACUGUCCUGACAACUCUGAUGAGGACGAAUGCCCGAUAGAUCUUCUACAAUGCGGUGAGAAUGAAAUCCAAUGCAACAACAAAAAGUGCAUACGCAAAGAUUUCAAAUGCGACGGUGACAAUGAUUGCGGUGAUUGGACGGAUGAGGAUUCUUGUGCCAUACUACCGGGUAGCUGCAAUUCUGCUGAGUUCAAGUGCAGCGAUGGUAAAUGCAUCCCCGACCGUUGGCGCUGUGACAUGGAGCGAGACUGCGCCGACGCUGAUGAUGAGAGUAACUGCGACGUUCACGGCAUGAGGAACUGCACCGCCGAUGAGUAUGUUUGCGCUGACAAACGAUGCGUAUCGAAAACCUGGCUCUGCGACGGCGUCCGUGACUGUACCAACGGUGAAGACGAAAUGGACUGUCAAGUGUUUUGCGAGAUGGAUCAAUACAUGUGCAAGUCAAUACACAGCGAUGCGUUUAGGAACUGUGUCAAUAGAAAACACGUGUGCGAUGGCAUGAACGACUGUCCUCAAGGGGACGAUGAAGAAAAAUGUCCCACUAAAAGGAAAUGUGCAAGAGAUGACAAAUGCGAACAAAAAUGUAUAACUACAUUUGAUGGUUUGCCUGCUUGCUCUUGUCAUUUGGGUUACGUAUUGGCUGAAGAUGGUUAUAGUUGCAAAGAUAUCGACGAGUGUAUGUACGAACAAGAUCCGGUAUGUUCUCAAACUUGUUCCAAUACGCAAGGCAGCUUCUAUUGUGGUUGUAUGACGGGCUAUGUCCUUAGACCUGACGGCAGAUCCUGCAAGGCUGUGGGAGAAUCACCCACGCUACUAUUUUCCAAUCGCAUUGGAAUACGUCAGGUUUGGCUUAGUGGAGACAACUACAUGUCAAUUGUGAAGGGUUUGCAUAACGCAGUGGCUUUAGACUAUCAUUAUGAGAAGAAGUUGGUAUUUUGGACUGAAAAUAACAUGAGAGUCAUUAGAGUAACGCAAAUUGAUAGCAACAACAUGUCAGACGUUAUACGAUGGGGCUUAGAAACACCAGGCGGUGUAGCAGUAGAUUGGAUCCAUGAUUUACUUUUCUGGACCGAUUCUGGAACUCGAAGGGUGGAAGUCGCAACUUUGGAUGGAUCACAAAGGGCCGUUCUGGCAGCCAGUGAUGUGGAUAAACCAAGAGCUAUUGCUGUUCACCCUGGUGACGCUUUGGUAUUUUGGACUGAUUGGGGUCCGAAUCCAAAGAUCGAGCGUGCAAAUAUGGAUGGAAAUAAUCGAAAGAGCGUCAUUGUUGAUCGAAUAUUUUGGCCCAACGGUUUAACUAUCGACUACAUGGACUCCAAAAUAUAUUGGGCUGAUGCUAAGCACCACGUCAUUGAACGAGCAACAUUUGAUGGACGCGAAAGAAAAAGAAUAACGAACAAAGGGCUACCUCAUCCAUUCGCUCUGACCCUAUUUGAGGAUGCAAUAUAUUGGACCGACUGGCAUACGAAAAGCAUAUCCACUGUUAACAAGAAGACUGGGAUGGGUAUACAGACUGUUCACGCAAGUCUGCAUGUUCCAAUGGAUAUUCGAAGUUUUCAUCCUCUACGUCAACUUCGUACGUACAAGAAUCGUUGCGGUGGUAAUAAUGGCGGAUGCACUCACAUGUGUUUGCCCAACUCCAGUGGAUACACAUGUCGGUGCCCAGUUGGAUUCAACCUCAAUAAUGAUGGACGAACGUGUGAACAAACACCUGAAAAAUUACUGCUUUACGCUCGACGCAAAGAUAUCAGAUUGAAGCAACUCAAUCCACGGAAGCAGGCGGAUUCUUUGGAUAUGGUUAUACCAGUAGAAAACAUCAAAUCGGCUGUAGCACUCGACUGGGAUCACAACAGCAACUCAAUAUUUUGGACUGACGUAGAAAAAGACAGCAUCAAUAAAGCUUAUUUGAACGGCUCCCAUCAAGUUGUUAUUGUAGGAUCAAAUUUAAUUGCACCAGCUGGUCUGGCGUAUGAUUGGCUAACUGAUAAGUUGUAUUGGACUGAUGCCGGUACCAACAGGAUUGAGGUUGCAAACGCUAACGGCACCAUGAGGACAUUGCUAGCUUGGGAUAAAAUAGAUAAACCGAGGGAUAUUGUACUGGAUCCUAAAGGUGGUGUUAUGUACUGGUCUGAUUGGGGCUCUACUCCAUGUAUCGAGCGUGCUGAUAUGGAUGGAGGCAACCGCAAGCGUCUCAUCUUUGGUGAUAUGACAUGGCCCAAUGGUCUUGCCCUCGACUUACCCAAUAAUCGUAUCUAUUGGACGGACGGUGGCAAUCGCACUAUCGAAUAUGCCAAUCUGGAUGGUACUGGACGUAAAGUUUUAAUAGGUGAACAUCUUCCACAUCCAUUUGGACUAGACCUUUAUGGAGACGAGGUAUUUUGGACAGACUGGGAUACGCAAUCCAUACAAGCAGCAAAUAAGUAUACGGGACGGAAUCGGCGCACUCUAGGCGCCGGUGUUGAAGGUCUAAUGGACGUCAGAGUAUUCCAUAAAGAUAGACGCGGAGGCGUAAACAGGUGCAGUAAGAAUAAUGGUGGAUGCUCUCAUCUGUGCCUUCUAAAACCUGAAGGACGUUCCUGUGCUUGUCCAAUUGGAAUAAAACUUAGCAAGGAUGGAAAGACUUGCACAAAUGGCCCAAUAAACUAUUUGAUAUUUGCCCAUCGUUUGGAUAUAAGAAUAGUGUCGCUUGAUGUACCAUAUCUAGUUGAUGUUGUGUUGCCAAUGCGAUCGCUUAAGAACGCACUGGGAGUAGACGUCGAUCAAAAAACAGGGCUUAUUUAUUGGACCGACACUGGAGAGAGGAAAAUUAAACGUGCUAAUAAACAGGGUACAGAAAAUGAAACCAUUAUUGGACGAGGCUUACAUACGGCCGAUGGGAUAGCAAUCGACUCAGCAGGAAGAAAAAUAUAUUGGACUGACGGCGGCAGAAAUAGUAUUGAGGUUGCGGAAUUAAACGGCAAGAAUAGAAAAGUUUUAGUAUGGACAGGUUUAGACUCGCCCAGAGCUAUUGCUUUGCACUACGAAAAUGGCUACAUGUUUUGGUCUGAUUGGGGUACAUCAGCCAAGAUUGAAAGAGCGAACAUGGACGGCAAAAGCAGACGAAUCAUUGUGGAAAAUAACAUAAAAUGGCCCAAUGGUCUUGCCAUUGAUCGAACGGAGGGUCGUCUCUAUUGGAAUGACGCUAAAAUGUAUACCAUCGAGAGUUCUGAUUUUAACGGCAACGAUCGUCGCACGCUCCUCAACCAAGUUCCAUAUCCAUACGGCAUUGUUAUAGUGGGUACACAUAUUUAUUGGACUGAUUGGAAAACGAAAGCUUUACACCGAGCUGACAAAUCCACUGGAAAGGAUCAAAUAACGAUUAGAGAAAAUCUCGAAGGUCUUAUGGAUAUUAGAGCUAUUCAGGGUGAUAGCGUUCUAGAAAACGCAUGUGGGACUAACAAUGGCGGGUGUACUCACCUCUGCCUCAGAGCACCUCAUGGAUAUUCAUGCGCAUGCCCCACCGGGUUACUGUUCGAGAACGAAACAGAUCCAAAUCCGAAAAUCUGCAAACAACAUCCUGAUAAUUUCCUAGUGUUCGCCGCUAGGGGAAACAUUGCCCUGAUAUCUUUAGACACGCCUGAACAGUGGGACACAACACUUCCAAUUAAAGAUAUCCAAAAUUCUGUGGCAGUCGAUUUUCAUUGGGAGAAAAAGGCCAUUUUCUUUACAGACGUAAACAAUAAUGAGAUAAGAGCUAUAAAUAUGGAAAAUAUGAGCGAAACUAAAAUGAUUGUCAAUACAGGACUUGAUACUCCAAAUGGUUUAGGUGUAGAUUGGAUUGCAAAUAAUAUAUAUUGGACUGAUAACGAUUUUAAGGUUGUUGAAGUAGCGAGAAUAGACGGCUCGUCGAGAAAGACAUUGAUCACUAAUUUGACUGAGCCUAGAGCACUUGCAUUGUUCCCUGCUAAAGGAUAUUUAUACUGGAGCGACUGGGGUGAAAGUCCAAACAUUGAACGAGCUGCUUUAGAUGGUAGCCAAAGGAAAAUAAUCGUUAGCCACGAUUUAGGUUUCCCUAAUGGAAUCACAAUAGACUACAAAGAUCGAAGACUUUACUGGACUGACGCUUUAAAGGAUAGAAUUGAUACGUCGGAUUUGAAUGGACAACAUAGAGUGCAACUUGUUCCUGAAGCCAAAAAUCCAUUUGGAAUGACUCAGUUUAACGAGUACAUAUAUUGGACGGAUUGGUACAAAAAGUCGGUAAUGCGUGCCGACAAGAGGACGGGCAAAAACGUGACCGCAAUACGAACAGACUUAGAAAUGGUGAUGGAAAUAAAAGCUGUUUCAUCGGAGAAGCAACACGGCUGGAAUCCAUGCAAGGAGGACAAUGGAGGAUGCUCACAUCUAUGUCUUUUUAGGGGACACGAUUACGUUUGCGCUUGUCCUGACGCUUUCGACGGUAGAACUUGUUUGACCAUUCCAAACAUACGCGUAGGAUUGAGAAUGCCGUCACACUAUCCACCGUUCUACGAUUACAUGGACAUUGAAAUCGGGAGCCCAGAUACUCGCCAACCAACUCCCACACGUGCUCCGAAAGUGAUUUACGGCAUAGGCACCAUUGCCGCAGUGGUAUCAGUGCUUGCUCUACUCGGCCUCAUUUUAAUUGGUUUCGUGUGUUACUUGUUGCUAUGUUCUAGUUUUGAGGCGCCGCAACCGCCAGUUGAGGGGGGAGAUGAAAGAGAGCUACAGAGAUUCCACGGGACAUAUUUCUUUCCACAAUCCAAACUACAGUUGUACGACCACUCCAGGCGAACCGUUAGACAGACGUCCAAACCGACUUGGAGCUUUCAAAUACGACAAAAGUCAGGGACGAGUUACAAACGUAUACGUGCCAGAAGGAACAAGCCUAUUGCCCCCGCCCCCGCCGCCCCCCCACCGCCAACCGCCGAGACCUGCGAACGACGACUUUGAACCCGUCACCCUGCACCCAUUCGCUUGAACACAACACACGACACGGCACACACGCGGCAGCUACGAAACGGCCACGAAUUGGAAGACGUCAGACAUUCAUUCGAACAUAUGAAUACAUACUGUUGAAAAUCUUCGAGAAUAUCUCUCGAGUGUAAGCCUCUCGUUUUCCAAUACAAUUAUCGAGUUAGCGCUGGUAGCUAGUGGUAGAGGAAAUAGAGUAGAUCAACAUCUACUAUUGUUAGAGUUAACGAAAACAAUUGUUAGACAACAUUGACCCGGAGUUAUAUCAGUUUUGUAGUCAAACUACUGUAUGGACAAAUAUUAUGAUUUAAUUUUAAAGUUAUCAAACAUUUAAUGUUUAUUAACAAAGUAUCUUGUUGAUUGAUUUGAUAAACAUGAAAUUUUUUUUUUAAUUUUUCUUUGGCAUAAGAAAGUAAAGUGGACCUAAUACUAAUGUUUAAAGUUCACUUUACUUUGAAGAUAUUUGAAGUUUAAAUAGCAAUCCAUGUUUAUAAAAUAUAAGGCCGCUAGAGAGUAAACUGAUAAUAGACAUGGAAUAAUUUAGAACACGCCAAUUAAGAAACUCUUUAACUUGAUCUAUAUGUCUACGGCAUUUAAUAUAUAUAAUAACAUUAUGACAUUACUGUUUGACUAAAGGAACCCAACUACAACUUACCGAUGUCUACGUAUCAGACGAUUUAAAAGACCUGUAUUAAAAGUCAAUUCCCGGAAAUGAUACAUUUUGAUACCCAUUUAAUGUAACUAAAUAUAGAUGUCGUUACAUUAUUACACCAUAAUUCAUUAGGGUCAAUAUAAUAACAUUAUAAUAACCUAUAAACUUAUUAUCAUAAAAUAUACGUGAGUAGUCAUUCAAUUAAAUUACCACAAUGACAUGACAGUAUCAAAUAACUGUUACGUAUUAAUACACUUUACAGUGUAGGUAGAUAUAGAAAAGUAACUAUGUAAAUAUAUUAUAAUAUGUUAUCGUAAAAUAAAUAUGAAUGUCUUACAAGUAUAGUCAAGGUAUACCCAUGAUGUCCAAAACUGAAAAUAUCUUCCCUACACUAUUUAUCACUCGAGUAACUUAUUCCUAAUGUUUAAUUUGUCCCAGUAAAUUUAUUAUGAAUUUAACGUUACUAUUUUUUUAAGACAUAAUUAAUGAUAAUAAUAAACUAUCACAUAUGAUGAAUUAUUAUAGGUAAGGAAAUCUUUGUAUUAUUUUUGUAUAUGUCGACGUUCACUCAAUUUCCCCAAGGCUCACGGGAAAUGGGCGAAGCCGACUGUUGUUAGAGUGUAAUGUUAUAACUUUAUAACAAUUACUAAAUAUAUAGAUUUAAGAGCGUUGAGGUUGAAAGGGUUAUUAUUUUAAAAUGAAUUAACGUGUGGAUGUUAUCCCCACCUCUUUACUUCACUCAGUGGUUUGUUCCCAUUUUACAUUAUAACAUUAAGUUUCGUUUUCUUUCAAAAAAAGUUAACUUUUAGAGUUAGUUUACCACGAUAAUUGACAACAUUUCAGAUUAAAAAUACAGAUAUAAAUAUAUAUAUUCAAUGUAAAAUCAGUUCUUAAAAAGCUUAUUAACUGGUACCUCCUAAAACAACUAUAAAGUUGAAGCGGGACAAUUAAAAUAAAAAAUAAAUAAACUUUUGUUACUAAAAGAUUCUGAACAGUGAGUGUUUUGUAAUUAAAAGAUGUAAAAAACAAAACAAUUUUUUUAAUAAAACCCAAAUAGGUCAUAUUUUUUUCUAUGCUAUCAAUUAUUUUUGAAAUGUUGUCAAUUGGAGACAAUAAAAUAUAUCAAUGUAAAUAUAAUUAGUUCUAAUUUAUGACUUUUUGUCUGACAGAGUGUAUAUAAAAGUUUAUUUUUAUCACGUUUAAGUGAAUGAUUAUUUUGGCUAUAUUAUGUAACCUAAAUCGAGGGCAGCCCCAUACGUCCCGUCUCAUAUCAACAUGAUUUGUUUGUUAGAUUAAUUAGAAAUUAUGUAUAUUUCUUAUGUGAUGUUACUAAAUGACUAUUUUAUGUUACAGUAUAUGAUAUAAAUAACAUCACCAUUAUAUAUACAUAUACCUAGGUUAAAUAUAAAAUUUUAAUUUUCGAUUUUACAAAAAAUCAUUGUCGCCAUAAUGCGGCGCACAUGUCACAGGGUUUUUAUAUCUAAGGUAGAUUAGAACGAGAAUCAACAGGUUAAGACUACCGACGAUAAAAAAAAAUAUUUACAACGCACAGAGGUUGUUUCAACAUUUUUUUUUUAAAUGGAUCCUCCCAUAGAUUUUGCAUGCUCAAUAGUUUUAAUUGGAUUAAAAGCAUCCUGUGUGUUAUAAUUUUAAGUUAGGAUAAUAUAAAUAUUUGGUUACUAAUUAAAUAUUAUACUGUUCUGUACUCGGAAAUAAAAGUAAAUGAUUGACAAUGUAUAAAUACAUUAAUACUCUCUCUUAAUUGCAAUGAGAAUCUAAUUCUCUCCUUAAUUCUAUUUCAAGACGAUCGUUUUAAUUUACUCAAGCAUUACAUAAGAAUAUUUUCAAUUCUAUAUGUGUGUCAUAUAAAUGGUUAUAUAAUUGAUUUCACACACAUUAUAAUAUCUACCAAAAUAAUAAUAGUUUGAGGUAGUAAAGCACUCUAUUAAAAUUAAUGGAUGUUUGUUGCAUUAGUCUAGAUAGGUUAGAUCGUUUUAUUUAUUUCGAAAAAACUAAAAAACUGAUGAAAAGACUUUCUCACGUUGGAAUCGCUUUCAAAUCGAUAUACUUUUUAUAUAUAAUGUACUUACAAUACUCGAAAUCAUCUAUUCUAAAAUACAGUAUAUUUUUAAUUGAAUAAAUUAUUUAUAAUGAUUUUCAUAAUUAAUUGAAAACAUUGAUAAAAAAAUAUGUUUCGUAAAUAAUUUGGGUAAAUUGUUUCACAUGUUUUUCGAAUUAUGUGAUAGUUGAAAGGUAAUCCCUUUCUGGCUCCUAUUUACAAUGAUUAAUCUAUAUCACAUUAGUAUUAUAUUAUUGAUAACAUUCCGUUUGUUUAUAAAUAAAUUGAAAAUAUAUUAUACCAUAGAAAUUCAAAUGUACAAACAUUUAUAUAGUGUGAUUAUAUAGUGUGAUUAUAGGUUCUGUAUGACCGGGACAUAAUAUGUAAUUUUAAAUUAUCCAAAAGUUUCAUAUAUAUAUUAUAUACAUGAAGUUUUUGGAUAAUUUAAAAUUACUUACAUUGAUUACACAAUUGACCCUUUCCCUUGAAUAUGACUCCCUAGGGCUGGCUCAGUAAAAAGGAUCUCCAUGAAAAGCUUCAUUAUAAUGUUGUCUCAUCUCAUCUUAUUCGUAAUUCUAGGACAGAGUUUGACUUGUGUCAGAAGUAUGGCUUAUCGUUAAUAAACUGAUUGAAUUUAUUUACCUCAUCGAAAUACAAUAUAUAGAAUUGUAAAUAAUUCUUUUUUUAAUUUAUUAAAUUUCGUAUUGAAUAACCACUACCUCUAAAACUCGUUUUACAAUCAUAAUAGUCGAGUUAAAAAUUAUUUUCUGAUAUAUCAAAAUAAUAUAAACAUUUUUUUUUACAAACAAUAUAUUUAUAUAGUUUUUGAUUUUUAAUUUGUAGUAAAUGCAUUUUAUAAGAAUUAGUAGUGGUAAAAUGCGGACGAAUCUUCAGAACACUGCAACGUUCUCGAUCAAAAUUUAUUUUUUCUCAUAGUUAGUAAGGGAUGUUGAGUGCUGUGAUAAAGAUGCUAGAGUGGAUAUUAAAUGGAAAUUUGUUUGUAUAGUUUAAAAUUAUGUACUCCAAAGGAUUUGUGGGUUAUCAGAUCGGAUGUAAGGUGCUAAGUACGCACACGUUUAUUUAUUAGAGUAACUUUUCAGUUUUAUAUACUCAGAGGCAAAAUUAUCCACUCUCUUUAAUAUGACGAUAAUUGCGCCUCUGAGUAUAUUUGAAAAAAAAAUGUUAUUUUAAAUUUAUAUAUAAUAGAGUGCCAAGUACUAAUUUAAUUCCUGUGCUGUUAUUUUUUAUAAUAUAAGUUUCAUAUUUAUUAAAUAUGAUUAUAUUUGUAAGGUAAUAUUAGUAAAACAGCUUUUACACCGUAAGCCUCCUUUAGAAUGCGUUUCCACCUAACGGGGCGGAGCAUAGGUACAGAAACAGUCCAAUCACAUCAGUGAAAGAUGACGUGAUAACUCUAUCACGGUAUAUGGUAGUGAUGUGAUUGGUUUAUUCAUUUACACCCUUGCUCCGCUCGACGUUUUUCUGUGGAAAUACAUCCUUGAAAAUAGGUGUCAAAACUGUUGCCAGAUUUAUUAUUAUUGUACUGAAAUUUAAAAUAGAAAUUAUUCGAAUA